GCGACCGGGCGCAGGGAGCGUGCGCGCGGCCCGCCCCGGGCGCGGGCGGAGAGGAGAAGGAGGGGCGCGCGCGGCUCCCAGCCUGCAGAAGCCGGGAGCCGCGCAGGAGGAAGGAGCCCCAGCUGCAAGCCGCGCCGCGCUGCGCCGCGCCGGUCUGAUUUUUAUCCACUGUAACCAGCACUGCUUGCUUAGGACUUUCUGGAUCCAGACCAAGGGCUCCAGCGUUCACUGGAUUCCGCAGCAAGAAGGAGACUGUGGCUUAGGAUCCCCUGGUGGAGAACAACCACGCACUCUGGUCUUGCCCCGACGAUGCAAGCGUGACUGCUGGCAUCUUCAUGAGCUCCAGAGGUCACAGCACACUCCCACGGACUCUCAUGGCUCCUCGGAUGAUUUCCGAGGGAGAUGUAGGAGGCAUUGCUCAGAUCACCUCCUCUCUCUUCCUGGGCAGAGGCAGUGUGGCCUCCAACCGGCACCUCCUCCAGGCUCGUGGCAUCACCUGCAUUGUUAAUGCUACCAUUGAGAUCCCCAAUUUCAACUGGCCCCAAUUUGAAUAUGUUAAAGUGCCUCUGGCUGACAUGCCUCAUGCCCCCAUUGGACUGUACUUUGACACUGUGGCUGACAAGAUCCACAGUGUGAGCAGGAAGCAUGGGGCUACCUUGGUGCACUGUGCUGCAGGGGUGAGCCGCUCGGCCACCCUCUGCAUCGCUUACCUGAUGAAGUUCCACAACGUGUGCCUGCUGGAGGCGUACAACUGGGUCAAAGCCCGCAGGCCUGUCAUCAGGCCCAACGUGGGCUUCUGGAGGCAGCUGAUAGACUACGAGCGCCAGCUCUUUGGGAAGUCUACAGUUAAGAUGGUACAGACACCUUAUGGCAUAGUUCCAGACGUUUACGAGAAAGAGUCCCGACACCUGAUGCCUUACUGGGGGAUUUAAUGCCACCAAAGCCUGCAUCAGCAGCCCCUGAGCAGUACCAGCAUCUGCUACUCACCGUCUGCUCCCCUCUCUUCAUCUUUCUUUUCAAAUUGUUGACUUUUGGUUCUCCCUUAAGUGUUUUUACACUGGGUGUUGAAAUUUAUUUUAAGAGAUAGGGAGGGGACAUAAGGGGAAUGCAUACAUUGCUAGUAACAUUUUUAAAACUAGCAUUUUGAAAUAGUGUUUAUGAAAAUCUUUAACUGGCUUUUAAUCAUUUUUAACAAUUUGAACAGUUUAAUAAGCUGUUUGGUUCUGCUUUUGGCACCAUGGCAGGUGCAGGAGCAGCUCAAUGCAAAAAUCACUCUGGGUUGUGAUUAACCCUUUAGACAGGCUUUGUCCGUGGCUGCCCACCAAACAGAUGCUUAGAGAAGACUGAUACCAGCUUCAGUCUCUACUGGAUUAGCUCUACUCUUUCCUUUUCCCUCUAUUAUUUAGUGACUCUGUAAGUUAAAAUAACACCUUUAUUAUUUAGUUGAUAAGUAUAAUGAAAUCUGCUGCAAAAACCCUCUUGAAAUCAAUGUGCCCAGGAUUAUAUUAGCAUUAUUUUUAAUAAAUCUGCUUAACAUAGAACUUUUA